GGCAGAGCUGUCAGUCUCUGCCCGGCCCGCGCCCGCCACCCUCUCCGCCCCGGACCCGGGCAGAAGCCCGGCAGCCCGGCGCCCAUCUGCGCCUGAGACGGAAGGGCGCUCCUGGGACCCCGGGAUGCGAGGUCCCGCACCGACGCCCCGCAGAGGCCGGCAUGGGCGCGGCUACUGCCCGUGCGCUGGGAUGAAGCUGUGCCGGGGGCCCCGGCGCCCAGGCGCGGCCGGCUCCGCGGGCCCCUGAGGCCGCCGCCCCGAGCGCUCCGCCGCUGCUGGGCUCCCCGAGCUGCCUGGGGCGCCCUCCAAAACGCCGGACCUCCUGCGGUCCCCCCCAGCCCGGACCCCCAUGGAGCCGGCGGUGCUGGCCUCGCACAGCCUCCCGCACCACGAGCCCAUCAGCUUCGGCAUCGACCAGAUCCUGAGCUGCCCGGAGUCCACCGGGAGCGGCCUGGGCCCGGGGCGCGCGGGGGGCCAGGGCCACGGGGACGGCGCGGCGUUCUCAGGUGCCUUUCCCGGAGCCUCGAGCUACGGCCCCUCCGGCUCGCUGGGCCCGCUCCCCGGCGGCUCCGGCCUGGGCCCAGGCGGCGGCGUGAUCCGAGUCCCCGCGCACCGCCCGCUGCCCGUGCCGCCGCCGCCGCCGCCCGCGGGGAGCGCGCCUGUCGUGCCGGUGCCCGGCCCCUCGGGCUUGGCUGGCACCGGGGGCCUCGCGGGACUCACCUUCCCCUGGAUGGACAGCGGCCGCCGCUUUGCCAAGGACCGGCUGACGGCCGCGCUCUCCCCCUUCUCCGGGACGCGCCGCAUCGGCCAUCCUUACCAGAACCGGACCCCGCCAAAGCGGAAGAAGCCGCGCACGUCCUUCUCGCGCUCGCAGGUGCUGGAGCUGGAGCGGCGCUUCCUGCGCCAGAAGUACCUGGCGUCGGCGGAGAGGGCGGCGCUGGCCAAGGCGCUGCGCAUGACGGACGCUCAGGUCAAGACGUGGUUCCAGAACCGGCGCACCAAGUGGCGGCGCCAGACGGCGGAGGAGCGCGAGGCUGAGCGGCACCGCGCGGGCCGGCUGCUCCUGCACCUGCAGCAGGACGCGCUGCCACGGCCGCUGCGGCCGCCGCUGCCCCCGGACCCGCUCUGCCUGCACAAUUCGUCGCUCUUCGCGCUGCAGAACUUGCAGCCCUGGGCCGAGGACAACAAGGUGGCUUCCGUGUCCGGGCUCGCCUCGGUGGUGUGAGCUACGACGCCUGCCUGGCUGGCUGGCCCAAAGCUUUUUCGGACCGAAGCGCCGCGUGGAGCGUGGGGCCCAGGGCUGAGGGUCGUGCGGCUGCCCCCGCCUUGCAGCGCGCGAGGAGGAGCCGGCCUGGAGCUCUCCUUGAGGGCUCCUAGGCCACUGCCGGCUCCCAGGCCAACGUGGCAUGCUUGCCCCGCAAGCAGAGACUCGGCCUUUCCCGCCGUUUUCUGCUGCUUGGAUGGUCCCACGGCUGCUGGAACCUGAGGGACUGGGCGGGACCUUCAGUACAGUAGCCAAUGAGGUGCGGAGAGUGGGGCGGGCUGUCCAAUUGGAAUUGACUCCCCGAGAGACCCCCCCGGGGUCUUCUGCAGGUGGGUCGGACUGGCGGUUCUGCGGAGCCAGAGCAGGUAAAUGGUGAUGCUACGAUGGGGGCAGCCCGCACUGGCUGGGUGGGUACCAAAGGUGUGAUGGAAGGAUGAUGCCAAGGACAGCGUUGUAAUGGAAGAGAUGCUGGAGAAGGAGUCUGACUGUGACAGGAACCAGAGAGUUAUCCAUGUUGGGCAUCGCAUCUUUCUACUGUAAAAUAAUCGCUAAGGAUUCUUCUUGUGGAGC